AAUGGAUAGUUUAACAGCUAGUGUUCCGUCUAUUUCAAAUGCUAUUCAAACUCAACCAAAUGCAUUUCAAACUCAUGGACAAAACCCUUAUUCCUCCGCAAAUGUCGGUUUCGCUAAUCAACCAAUGUCUUUUCUCCCUUAUGAAGAUUGGGAAAAUGAUUUAUGCGGGCCAAAUAUGAUAAGGGAGCCCAAACAAUGUCUAGUAGCCUACUGUUGCCCUUGUUGUAUGUAUGGUUUCAUAGUAGAAGAAAUGAGACAAGGUGAACAAUUUAUGCUGGCAAAUUGUUUACUCUACGCAUUUCUGGGACUAUGUUGUUUACACUGGGUAACUGGUUGUUUAACUCGAGGAGAAAUAAGGGCUGAAUAUGAUCAUACUAUAUUCGAAAAUUAUAUCAAAUACAUGGAUAAAAAAGACCAAUAUCCUAUCACUGCUGUUCAAAAAUGUUAUACAUCUCUUAGAGACAAUCGCUUAACUAGGAAACCAACUGUAUACUGUGAAUUUCCCGAGACAUCUUACAAACCGGAUUGGAGUAUAAAUCUUUGUGAUAUGGAACAAUGCCCUAUAUCUUCCGUUCUAUUUCCUUGCAGAACUUACGUGAUGAAUGCAAUUGCUAUGAAUUAUUUAAAAGUACUAUAUAAAGAUAUAUUUACUUGUCUGUAUUGCGCUGCCACUGUGGUUUGUAUGCAUUGGCUAAUGGGGUUAACACUUAGACGAAAAAUUCGCAAAGAGUUCCGUAUUCCAGGGUCUAAUUUUGGUGAUUGCUUAACUCAUUGUUUUUGCCCUUGUUGCGCUCUUAAUCAAGAGAUGCAUCAACUGAAAUUUUUAUCCAAUUCUCUUCAAAUUUCUUCAGAAUUUUUAUCCGAUUCUAAUGAUACUUUAGAUAGUUUGUCAACUUUUAGCAGAGAAGAUGUGUUCAUUUCUAAAAAGAAGGUUAAACAUAUUAAAUUAGCUACUGAUCAUAAUAAAAAGUGGAAAGAAUAUAGAAGUACUCUGGCGCCCCCUGCCACGAGAAUAAAUUCCCUUAGUCUGGAAAAGAAUAUUGGCAAAAGAGCUUUAGUGAUAAAUGAUGAUCGACCUCGUUUAGAACGACUACAACUUCCUAUAUCCAGUAUAAUUCCCCAAACUACUUUAGGCAAAAAAUUAAAAAGAUCUCAGCUAAAACCAAUUCCUAGCCCUAACUUUUUACAAUUACCCGCUCCAUUGAGACAGAAGAACUUAUCUAAAAACUCAUUAUCCAACGCCGUUUGUGUUAUUUGCUCGGAUUUUUAUGAUGAUUUUACUGACAUAGCUGUCGCUAAAUGUGGUCAUGUUUUUCAUACAACCUGUCUUGAGCAAUGGCUCGAACGGAGACGAAGUUGUCCUCAUUGCCGGCAGAAUAUACCGUCAAAUAGUGGCUAUAUACCAAAGCUCUUUUUCCAAUUGGGAACCGAACCUGAAAUUGAUGAAGCGACUUUAAAGAAUCAACUAUCGUCAGUUAAAGCCCAGCUAAAAGGCAAAGAGAAAGAAGCGAAAGAUGCAAAGGAGAAAUUAACACAGAGUAUUAGCAAUCGACAAUUAGAUAAAGACAGAAUAGCAAGUCUGGAAAGGAUAUUGGAUGAAGAAAGAAAAAAAAGACAAUGCCUUAAAGAUCAAGUAGCAUCUUUGCAAGAAUGUGAGGUAAAGGCUUAUCAUAUGACGGAGGAACUUAAAAACGUUAAGAGGAAACUAAAAGAACUGGUUGAAGUGUCAAAUAUAUUGGACGGUAUUAAAUCCGAUAAAGAAAUUGCUCUCUCAGUCGAAAACCAAGGCAAAGAUGAGCUUAAGAGCUGGUGUCUAAUGUUAACUAAAGAAUUAAAUAUGAAGCGUAAGAAAUCCAGCGAAGUUUCAGCCAAAUUAGAAAAAAUGAGAAGAGAAGUUGUAGAUGCUAAAAAGAGUUUACGGCAAAAGCAAUUGGAGCUGGACCAAUCAAAAAAGCUAAUAGAAGAUUUAGAAGAAAAUGCCAAGACUCUUGAGGAACGAGCGGAGAGUUACAAAAAAAAAUCUGAGGCUUUAUCAAAAGCUAUAGACUCUCCCACAGAAACCCGUAGUAGUUUUGCACAUAGACUGUUAAAAGAAUCUCCUGCACCGUUACAAUCUCAAACUGAAGAGAUAGAAUUAUCUGACGACGAAGAAGUUAUUACAAAAAGAUUAAAACUUGAUAACAACAUGUCUUCUCCCCAAUUACCUAGUCAUUGUUUAGCUUUGCUUUCUAAAGAGAAAUCUCCAAAAGCCUCUAAUAGUUCAGCUCUUAAAAAUUUAAAUAUUUUAAAACGUUCAAAAACGUUCCAAUGGAAAAAAACAAACAGUGGUCCAGUAAUUUCUAGAGGCUAUAACGGACUUGGAGGAAGUCACAAGUUUGUACAAUCGUCUCGAGAAGUUAAAAAAGUAAGCUCAUUCAGCUUGUCUAAACCAAAAAGUACACCGGACAUAAUUGAAUUGGAAUGA